UCUUCUCCCUUCUAUCCACUCUGGUCUCUUUCCCUCUGCCUGCCUUCGCUGCCUGCAUUGCCACCCGAGCCAUUUUGGUCUGACCUUCCCAGACUCAUCCAGAAGAAACCCCUCCAGAUUUCAGAAUGUCCAGUCACAAGACCAGCUACAGUGUGAGGAGUUCCACGGCCCCCCGGAACUUUAGCAGCAGCUCGUACGCUGGACCGGGCGGGAUGACCAGCCGCAGGAGCUACAGCGUCAAGAGUUCCUAUGGAGGAGGCAACAGGGGCUUCGGGGGCAUCACCAGCUCCGCCGCCUAUGGCUUGAACUCAAGCAUGGGUGGUGGCAUGGGUGGUGGCAUGGGUGGUGGCAUGGGGGGUGGCAUGGGUGGUGGCAUGGGCUACGGCGGUGGCAUGGGCUUUGGCGGCGGGAUGGGCGGCCAGGCCCCUAUCACUGCCGUGACGGUGAACAGGAGCCUUUUGGCCCCCCUGAACCUUGAAAUUGACCCCAACAUCCAAGUGGUCCGCACCCAGGAGAAGGAGCAGAUCAAGACCCUCAACAACCGCUUCGCCUCCUUCAUUGACAAGGUCCGCUUCCUAGAGCAGCAGAACAAGAUGCUGGAGACCAAGUGGAACCUUCUGCAAGGACAGACCACCACCCGCUCCAACAUUGACGCCAUGUUCGAGGCCUACAUCACCAACCUGCGCAGGCAGCUCGACGGUCUGGGCAACGACAAGAUGAAGCUGGAGGCCGACCUACAUAACAUGCAGGGCCUGGUGGAGGACUUCAAGAACAAGUAUGAAGAUGAGAUCAACAAGCGCACAGAGUGCGAGAACGACUUUGUCCUUAUCAAGAAGGAUGUUGACGAGGCCUACAUGAAUAAGGUUGAGCUGGAGGCCAAGCUGGAGAGUCUGACAGAUGAGAUCAACUUCCUUCGGUCGAUCUAUGAGGAGGAGCUUCGUGAGCUCCAAAGCCAGAUCAAGGACACUUCAGUCAUCGUGGAGAUGGACAACAGCCGCAACCUGGACAUGGACUCUAUUGUGGCUGAAGUUAAGGCUCAGUAUGAGGACAUCGCCAACAGAAGUCGCGCUGAGGCUGAGACGUGGUACAAAAGCAAGUAUGAGGAGAUGCAGACAUCCGCCAGUAGAUACGGAGAUGACCUGAGGGCAACCAAGACCGAGAUCUCAGACCUCAAUCGCAUGAUCCAGAGACUGACAUCAGAGAUUGAUUCCAUCAAGGGACAGCGCUCCAACCUGGAGGCCCAGAUCGCCGAGGCCGAGGAGCGUGGUGAGCUGGCCGUGAAGGAUGCCAAGGCCCGCAUCAGGGACCUGGAAGACGCCCUGCAAAGAGCCAAGCAGGACAUGGCCCGCCAGAUCAGAGAGUACCAGGACCUAAUGAACGUCAAGCUGGCUCUGGACAUUGAGAUUGCCACAUACAGGAAACUUCUGGAGGGAGAGGAGGACAGGCUAGCGACUGGCAUCAAGUCCAUCAACAUCUCCCAACAGAGCUCAAGCUACGGUGGUUACCCCGCAGACUUGAAGAGCACCUACUCAAGCGGCUACUCCAGCGGUUUCAGCGGCGGGUAUGGAGGCGGAUAUUCCGGGAGCAUGAGCGGCGGUAGCAUGGGCGGCGGCUACAGCAGCGGUGGUGGCUACAGCAGCGGCGGCGGCUACAGCAGCGGCGGCGGCUUCAGCAGCGGCAGCACCGGUGGUGGCAGCUACAGCACAGUCCAGAACAAGAAGAACGUUGUUAUCAAGAUGAUCGAGACCAGGGACGGCAGAGUGGUGUCCGAGUCUUCUGAGGUCAUUGCGGAUUGAGCUGUCAGGUUUAGAGGUGUUGUUACCGGUCUGCUAUUAUCUCUGCCUCUCUGUUAGUUUUGUACUUACAGUUCACCCACCCUACCAUAUCCCCCAACUAUGAAGUAAAACGCUUGCGAGCCGCUCUCCAAUAGAGCCUGUAACAUUUCCAUGAAGCAAUAAAUGAUCCCAACACUACUAAAGAUCUUUAAAGGGACCAAAGAAUUUAUUUUGUAUGUCUGAUCUAUGAUUGUCUGAGCUAAAAAAAGAGUAGUUAUGUCACAGAAAGUAAGAAUAUAGUAUAUAACACUCCCUUAAAAUUUAUGCAACAUCUAACAUAUGCACAAAGGGCUGUUACCUUUAACAAGUGUUGAAUAAACGGUAGUGUUGUUAAAGUGGUCUGCUACAUUAGGUAGUGCAUGUCUUCCCUGAGCGUGUCCUGAAACUGUAGGUGUUCGACCCCUUAGGAUGCUGCCCGCAUCAUACUGUCCUGAGGUGCUGUUUUUGCUAACAAACCAAAUAAAAACAUAUGUUUACUGAAGGAAAAUUA